CUCCAAGUUGGAGUCUUAUAAAAACAUUGCUACCUGCUAGUGAGGGCAUCAGUCGACCUUUGCAGCUCAGACGGUUCGAAGUGAAAAUGAAGCAGUUUGUGGUUCUAAUGUGCCUUGUGGCUGUCGCCGCCGCCGCUCCCCAGGGAUACAAGUACCAGGCUCAGGGGCCUGCCCUUCCCAUUGGAAACCUGCGUCCUCAGACGUCCCUAUCCUCAAGUGGAAUAUACUCGGCUCCCGCCGUCCAAAUCCAGCAGCCAGCCAUCCAAACUGUCCAGUCCAUCGCCCCCGUAUUGGCUCCCGCUCCCCUUCCCAUUUCCCUGCCCGCCCCUGCACCCGCACCCCUUCCCGUCUCGAUUGCUCCCGCUCCCCUUCCGCUGGCUCUGCCCCAGCAGAACGUGAUCACCACCGUCCAGCAGCCCCAGCAGCAGGUGAUCUACCAGCCCCAGCCUCAGAUCCAGCAGCAGGUCCAGUACGUCCAGCGCCCAGCAAUCGUCACCAAGGACAUCUACAUCCACUCGGCACCCGAGGAGACCGAGGAGUUCCGCCAGGACGAGCCCCAGCUGGAUAGCGUGCCAAUCCGCAAGAAUUACCGCAUCGUGUUCAUCAAGGCUCCGUCCCAGAACCUCAAGUACACCGCCGCCGCUCUGAAGCGCGCCCAGUCCAGCAACGAGGAGAAGACUGUCAUCUACGUGCUGUCAAAGAAGCCCGAUCUCACCGAGAUCCAGCAGCAGCUGCAGGUCACCCAGACCGAGUCCAAGGUUCACAAGCCCGAGGUCUAUUUCAUCAAGUACAAGACCCAGGAGGAGGCCCAGCGCGCCCAGCAGGAGAUCCAGGCCCAGUACGAUGCUUUGGGCGGAGCUACUCACAUUUCCGACGAGGGUGUGGCCCCCAUCACUAGCGUUUCGGGUGGAUCCCUCAACCUGAACAACAUCGUGCCCCAGUCUCAGGCCCAGACCAUCAUCCAGCAGCAGCCCCAGAUCCAGACUGUGGUCCAGCAGCCCCAGAUCCAGACCGUGGUCCAGCAGCCCCAGAUCCAGGCCCAGAUCCAGCAGCAGAUCUCUUCCUUCACGCCUUCUCUGCCCUCCAGGAAGUACGUGCCUGCCAAGACUUUCAAAUAAGAGCCCGCUAAUCGCAGCUGACCAGUCGCUUUCAUUAUUUUGUAUCAACAACCCAUUGUAGCUUACUAUAAUUUAUUGUUCACGAGAAAGUCCAAAUCAAAUAAAGCAAUCUUUUAAACGAAA